AUGUUCAAGGCUUCGUCCUCGAGAGCCUUGAAUCGAGCGCUGUUGAAGAGGUCGUUUAUUCCUAGCGUCGUCCCGACUCUCCGGUCAAGAAACUUUGCAACCGUUAUAGAGCCCAUCCAAAAGGUAAAGUAUUCCCGCCUCAUACACCGCUGUUAUCUGCAUGGCGCAGCGCUCACAGGAAUUCAGGAUCCAGCAUUGCUCGACCAAAUUUCCACCCUUCCAAAUGGCGUUCGAGUCGCGACAGAGGCGCUGCCUGGACCCUUUUCGGGGAUUGGCGUUUAUAUCGAUGCAGGGUCACGGUAUGAAAAUGAAUACCUAAGAGGCGUGAGCCACAUCAUGGACAGGUUGGCCUUCAAAUCGACCACGAACCGGACGAGCGAUCAGAUGCUAGAAGCCUUGGAGUCCUUGGGCGGAAAUUUGCAUUGCAACUCGUCGAGGGAGUCCCUAAUGUACCAGGCUGCAACUUUCAACUCCGCUGUUCCCACAACAGUUGGACUACUGGCAGAGACCAUCCGAGAUCCAUUAAUAACGGAGGAGGAGGUCCAGCAGCAGUUGGAAACUGCGGCAUAUGAAAUUGGGGAAAUCUGGUCCAAACCAGAAUUGAUACUGCCAGAAUUGGUGCACAUGGCUGCGUAUAAGGACAACACCCUUGGGAACCCACUAUUAUGCCCCCAAGAAAGGCUCAGCCAAAUCAAUAAAGACGUUAUUCAGGCUUAUAGGACGUCGUUCUACCGGCCGGAAAGAAUGGUUGUGGCCUUUGCUGGAGUACAGCACAGCGAGGCGGUCGCGCUGGCCGAGCAAUACUUCGGGGAUAUGCCAGCGAGCGAAACUCCUGUUUUAUCACAGACCGGAUCAGAAACGUCGAUAGACUCCCAAUCCAGUCUUAACAGCUCGAUAUCAUCACCCUCUUCAGCGCCAACAUCCCCGCCACAGGAGUCUUCUAAGCUCCUCUCGAACAUGCCCUUCCUGAAAACCCUCUUCACGCCCAAUAAUGCUUCAGCACAGUCGCCUACUGCUCUCACCCCAUCUUCCGCCGACAUUUUACAAUCAUCUCAUUAUACUGGAGGCUUCCUUUCACUGCCACCAUUGCCACCUCCAAUCAACCCCUCUCUGCCGCCACUAACUCACAUACACCUGGCUUUUGAAGCCCUUCCAAUAUCUUCCGACGAUAUAUAUGCCCUUGCCACACUUCAGGUACUUCUUGGCGGGGGGGGCUCAUUCUCUGCUGGUGGCCCCGGAAAGGGUAUGUAUUCAAGGCUAUACACAAACGUCCUUAACCAGCACGGUUGGGUAGAGUCAUGUGUUUCAUUCAACCACUCAUACACAGAUUCGGGUCUAUUUGGAAUUUCGUCAAGCUGUUCUCCGAACCAGGUCACUAGCAUGCUAGACGUAAUGUGUCGUGAGCUGCAAGCUCUAACUCUAGACACCGGAUUUUCUGCAUUGCAGGAUUCCGAGGUUAGCAGGGCGAAGAACCAAUUGAGGUCGAGUCUGUUAAUGAACCUUGAGAGCAGAAUGGUUGAGCUUGAAGAUCUUGGCAGACAGGUUCAGGUCCAUGGAAGGAAGGUGGGAGUAAGAGAGAUGUGCAGAAAAAUCGAGGAAUUGACAGUUCAGGAUCUUCGAAGGGUCGCGAGGACUGUACUUGGUGGAAUGGCAGGUAAUCCAGGAAAAGGCAGUGGGGCCCCAACUGUUGUAUUGCAAGAAGGUGAUGAGAAGGGGGUCAAGAGGACGGAGCUUAAAUGGCAAGACAUCCAAAAUCGGAUUGAGGCCUGGAAACUAGGACGAAGAUAA